UUAUCUUCUACCUGCCAGCUUCCACAGGUUACUUCUCUGUCUUUCUCUCUCAAACCUCUGCUGCUUCAUCAUCAAUUGUCACUCCAAAUCUCUCAUCAUAUCAAAUCUCAAUCGUUGACUCUCGUCCGUACAAUCUCCGAUCUAUAAAUUGUCUACGUCAUAUCCGUGUAUGUUGCCCUUGGUCGCUUACGUUUCCAUUUUCGUUCAGUUUCAGAUUUAUCUAUUCUUUGUAGCUCUUGAAUUAUGAUUUGAUUUGAUUCAUAUAUUAGGGUUUUAGUUUUUUUUUCUUUUUUGAAAAAAGGAAAAAAUUAAUUUAAAUUAAAUUGCUUGUUGAUAAAUUGAAGAAAAAAAAUGGAACAAGAAUCCCAAAAGAGAAAGCUAGAAGAGACUAGUCUUGAGAUUGAACCUCAAAAUACCCCAAUUUUAUGUGCAAAUAAUUGUGGAUUCUUUGGGAGUUCAAGCUCCAAUAAUCUUUGUUCAAAGUGCUACAAAGAUUAUCUGUUGAAACAAUCCAAAAUCUUUGAUGAAGAAUCAAAAAAGAGCGAGAAUAAAUCGGUUGUAGAGGAAAUUAAGACGAGCCCAGUUGGGAAAGAGGGUUUUGUUGUGGUAGAACAGGGUGUUGCAAGUGAGGGGCCAUCGCCGGGGAAUGUGGGAAGGGGGAAUGAGAAUGUGGAGAAACCACCCCGCAAUAGGUGCAAUUUUUGCGAGAAAAGGGUUGGCUUGACGGGGUUUAAGUGCCGGUGUGGGCAGACGUUUUGCUCGUUUCAUCGAUACUCAGAUAAGCAUAACUGUGUGUUUGAUUACAAGAGUGCAGGGCAGGAUGCUGUUGCGAAGGCAAAUCCGGUGGUGAAGGCUGAUAAGAUUGAGAAGAUAUGAUGGGGAGCGGGGAUGGUGGCAGUGGCGAUGGAGGUUUGGUGUAUGAAGAGUGGUGUUGGAGAUAAUAAGUUGCCUCCAUUGCUUUGGUACUUUUGUUUGUGUUUGUGUACAGUUUGGUUGUUUGGGUUUAUUGCAUGUGGAAUUUGAUGUCAAAUACAUUUGGUUAAUAUAUUGCUUAGUAGUAAUUUCUAGC